AUGCCUUACUCUUCUCGACAAGCCUAUCGGGGCAGCAGCCGUGGCCACCGUUGGACCAAGUUUGAGCUUGACAUCGUGCUCAGUCUGAUCUGCAAGCUUGAGCACCUCACAUCGUCACCUCUUACUUUCACUACCAAGCUCAACGAAGCUCUCAAUAGCACGGGUAACCAUAUAGCCUACGACGACGACAUUCCUGUCGAUGAUGUGCGGGCUCUGCUUACCCACAUCGAGAAAGAAAAGAAGGGUCCUCUAGCUUUCAUCGAGCGCCAGCCAGCACCUCAUCGAAUCACGCGCAUGAAGAAGCGAGUAUUCGAGAGGAACAUCUCAUUCACUGGUUCGCAGACUGAGUGGAUUGCUGGCCGCCGGGAUGAAGUGGCUGCAAAGAAGCAGCAAGAUCUACGUGCUGGUUCUCAAAUGACAUUCAUUAAUAGUCAAGGCGUUCAGAUCGAGAGAUGGGUUCCAGGUAGUGAACCGCAGCCGGGUGCAUGGCCGACUCAGACAGAUACAUGGGCAUCUCAUGAUAUCUUGAGGGGCACAGCUGGUCUGCCUCUUGGAUGGGACAACCAAGGCAGCGUCGGUAUGACCCCAGCUUGGGGUUACCCGGGCAGUGUUGGCAUGACCCCUACCUGGGGUAAUCUAGGCGGUAUGGGUGCUACCCCAGCUUGGAAUCACCAAGGUGAUAGUGGCGGAACUCCUACUUGGAACCGUCAAGCCAGUACAAGUGAGACACCGGGAUGGACCAUUGAAGGCAAUGGCGGCGCAACCCCCGCUUAUGGACAGCUCCCACCACCAGGCCUAAUUUUUCCUCCGGUCACGCCUCGUAGUGGCGGGUGGGGUGCUCCUCCGUCACUGAUAGUUGGCAUGACCAACCAGAACACAUCCGCCAAUGUUAUACCUUGGCACACAGCGGAGCGCCUUGAUACACAGAAUGAUGCGUCGACCGCUGACCCAGUAGUCUUCGAUCAUGAGUCCAGAUGGGCAAAGGAGGCAACAGAGACGCACAGAGCUACUGCAGCAGAGAAUCAACCUCUUUGGGACGCUCAGUAUUCUGUUCAAGAGAGAGAAUUGUAG